GAAUUUGUUUCCCAUGACCCUUGUUUUGCUCUAAGUUUUGCUUGCUCGCUCCGGAAGUCUCCAUCGUAGGAUUCAUCAAAUGACCGAAAUUCUACGUAUUCCGGAAUGAACGUAAAAAUCUACCUCUCAUCGAAGCUGGUAGAGAACUGCACCUUCUGCCAGCUGUUCGGUUUAAUCGAGGUGCAGCGGGACGAGAUACGAUUCGUGGUGUUGGACAGUAAAUUGUUGCCGGGAACGUACCUGAUAGGUGAGAUCUGCAGCGAGUCAGACUACAGGCGGCUGCAGGAAUCCACGGAUCCUACUACCCAACAUAGAGACGCGCUGCUGUUGGAAGAAAAUUUCCUCCGACUGUCCAUUUCCGACCGGGGAAGAAUUAAACAUGUCACCACCAAGGUAAAAGGAGUCACCAUCGAGACGCUCAACAAGGUGUUGAUUAUAUACGACGAGAAAGGGUUUGGAAACUUAGCCGAAAAUGUACUGCCAAUGGAUGAGAAUGGGAAUGACUUGCUGCAUUUGGCACGAUUGAUAAAGUCUUCAAAGCCGCGGAAAAAUUUGACGAUACAAGAUUUCCUGGAAUACUCGACACAUAGCCGGUUUAUUAAGACGAUGAGGUGUGUUUUGGGACCUCUAGCGUUGAUAUUGAGGGUACUUUUCAGGAAAACUGCCUUGUUCUAUCACUUCUCGGAAUGGACGGCGAGCAUUGAGACUAAAGGAUAUAAAAGUGCAAAAUGGGCCCUUAUUUUUGAUAUAGGAUUUGGUGUGGCAGUGCUCUCAAUGGUUCUCUACUUCGGCAACCCUGGCGUCCAUUUCAUGGGGAAUGCUGAGAUUGUGGUCCACUAUCUCCGAGAGUUGCUACAAACUCUCCGCGGAAGCCCAAUCGGUCUGAAGCUGAAUGCACCACUGAACGAUUUUUUCCUAAACUGCUUUCUGUACCACGUGGAUCUCUGGUGGACUUUCCUCAUCAUAGUUUCGCCGGCGAUACAUUUCCUGUUCAUCCCCCUAUCAAUAUUGGGACUGUUAGGACUAUCAUUCCAGCUGGCGAUGCUUUCGGAUCUCAUCAUACUUAUCAGUUUGCAUGCCCACUGCUUCUACAUAUACGCGGCGGUCCUUUAUCGCAUCGAAAUCGGUGGUAUCCGCGCUUUGUGUCGGAUUGUUCUGGGAAAAAAGAAAAACGUUCUGCGAGAUCGUGUGGAAUCACACGAGUACAUGAAUCGUCAGCUGUUUCUGGCCACUUUAACCUUUGCCGUACUUCUGUUUCUGCUUCCGACUAUUUUAGUGUAUUACGUUGUUUUCGCCACGCUGCGCUUUGGCAUCUACUGCGUGUCAUACCUUCUGAUGACGAUCCGGAGAACUAUUCUACAGUUUCCCUUUGCUGGGAUGAUUCGUUGGAUACGAGGAGUUUACACCAAUUUGGACAGCUUGGAGAUUUUCAACAUAGGGUCGUAUGCAAAGGAGAAUAUCACCAUAAUUUACAUUGCACCAAAGGCAAGUAGUUUCUGGGGUGAUCGAAGCUGCCAUCAGAAGCAAGCCGAUACGGACGGUGUUAAGAUGGGACCAGCUACAAAUACUAUUUCCAUUGGACAAUUUUUCGCUAGUCUGGUACGUGGAGAAAUGGUUGCCUUCAUCCAGCCAGAUGAAAACGUGUAUCGGCACAAUAUACGCAAUAAAAUCGAAUGAGUUCGGGUAGUAAAUAAAUAUUUCAUUCUUACGUUCAACCGUCAUAGAUC